AUGGCGUCGCUCAAUCUGUCCGUCAAUGGGCCCUCCAUCAAGAGCAGCUACCAGGGAGUCAUCAACGCCCCGGCACCACCAGCUGGUAGCUCUUCCACAUAUGGCCAAUGGGCCUUGUUCUCUGUCCAAGCACCCCUCGCCAACGCUUUCCAGGACAAUGGUAGCAAGGAGAGUGUGCUCAAGGUCCAAUCAACUGGCGAUGGAGAGUUAGAAGACUUGCUCGAGGAUUUCAAUGAAGGAAGGAUCCAAUUUGCCUUUCUUAAAGUCAAGGACCCUAAUACCGGGCUGCCCAAAUACGCUCUGAUUGCAUGGUGCGGCGGAGGCGUUCCCGAGAGGACCAAGGGUUAUUUCACAAGUCAUCUGAAUACCGUAUCCAAAGUUUUACAUGGCUACCAUGUGCAGAUCACUGCCCGUACUGACGCCGACCUCGAGCCUACGAACAUUCUCAAGAAGGUUGCUGAUGCAUCUGGCGCGAAUUAUACUGCUGGAGGCAGUGCACCCGUCAAGCCAAAGGGGCCACCACCUGCCGUGAAGUCGAAGCCUGUCUUUGCUGCUUCGUCGGGUGCCACUAUUUCAUUCAAUCCCAUCGUUGCUGCGCGCAAUGCUAGUUUAAGACAGAAGUCUGGCGAUGAUGGUUGGGGCGACGACGCACCCCCAGUCUCCCGGAGUGAAAUCCAGAAAGUGCAGUCAGCGUACAAGCCCACAAAGGUCAACAUGGAUGAGCUGCGGAACCAGAAACAACCGCCGUCUAGAUUCAACGGAGCAGCUACGAACAAUUUCGACGACAGACCUAGUGAUGUCAUUGGAGGAAGUUAUAAACCUGUUGGAAAGGUUGACAUCAACGCUAUUCGAGCUGCCGCCAAAGAAAAGAAGGACGACAGGCCCACCCCCGUCAAAGGUGCUUAUGAGCCUGUAGGAAAAGUCGACAUUGCUGCACUUCGUGCCAAAUCUCAAAAGCCGAGUGAAGCUGAGCCCGAGACUGAUUAUCAGCCAAAGUCGCUAGCAGAGCGUACUGCUGCGUUCAGCCGAUCAGAACGCCUUACGGAAUUACCUAAGCCUAAAGUUGCCAAGAAAUUCUCUGGGGCAUCAUCUUUCAUGGGAACUAAGGCGCCUACACCCGGAACACUGGGCUUUGGUGGACCAUCCCCGGCCACUGCCGCACCUGUUGGUUCGGCCAGUCGAACCUUUGCCGACCAAGGUGGGAAAACGCCGGCUCAGAUAUGGGCCGAGAAGAAAGCAGCGCAAGGUGGUACGCCUGUCAAGGUUGCCAGUCCUCCAACUGAAACACCUAUUGCGUCCGAGAAGACUGGAAGUGGCUGGCAGAGCGGUUAUAGUGGUAAAUCAUGGAAGCCAGUUGAGACGGGCGCUUACGGACGCGGAAUAGCUGGAGAAAAGACGGACGACACUGUUGCCAGCGAGGACAUAUCUACAACUUCCGCAGGUGGUAUCAAGUCUAUCCGGGAACAUUUCAAUGAGGCACCACCGCCUGUUCCCUCAGUUGCACGACCCCGUGAGAUCACGGCAGAUGAUGAGCCUGCACCACCUCCGCCACCUGUGUCUAGCCGCCCCUCCGGUAGCGGUGUCCCUGGUGGAUUUGCCUUGCCAGGCAUGCCGCCUCGACCGGAACCAGCUGCUGAGGAAGAGCCCGAGGAAGAGCCCGAGCCUGAGCGAUCGCCAUCCCCAGUACGUAUUCCAGUGCCUGUCCCUCGAGGACCCGAACCCGAGAUCGAACCUGUUCACGAACCGGUCCAAUCGCUUCCUGUACGACAGAUUGAACAGGAAGUCCCCAAAGAAAGAGAGAUCCCACGCGAAGAAGAGACUCAUGAUCCCCGAGCAGCCGCCAUAGCCGUAGCCGCGGAGCAAUUCACUCCUGAAGCAGUGACUCAGGCACCGGCUGGUACGAGUGGAGGGAAGCGAGCUCUUAUUCAAUAUGACUACGAGAAGGCCGAGGAUAACGAGCUAGAACUACGGGAGGGUGAAUAUGUGACAAACAUCGACAUGGUCGACGAGGACUGGUGGAUGGGCACCAACUCUCAGGGCGAAACAGGAUUGUUCCCCAGCAACUAUGUCGAACUCGUUGACGACGAACCUGUAGACGACGCUCAGGGGGCUGCACCACCGUCACCGCCACCGGCACCGGCAGCUAUCCCAACACCCGCGCCUGCUCCUGCUGCUCAUCCAGAACCUACACCGGCACCUGCGCCUGCGGCAGCAGCAGCAGAUGUCGGACGCACUGCUACGGCUCAAUUUGAUUACGAAGCCGCUGAAGACAAUGAGCUGAGCUUCCCUGAGAAUGCUAAGAUUACCCAUCUCGAGUUCCCCGACGAGGAUUGGUGGUAUGGUCAGUACAAUGGAGAAACUGGUCUGUUCCCGGCCAACUACGUGCAACUUGAUUAA